GAUAUCCAUAUGAAGCUACAUAUGCAGCUAGUAAAUUUGCACUUCAUGGUUAUUUUGAUAGUCUUCGUAUGGAGUUAAGUGAUUCCAACAUCAAUAUUCAGCUUGUGUGUCCAGGACCUGUCCAGUCAAAUGUGGCAGCUAAUGCUUUUACAUCAAUCAAGGACAAGAGCUUUAAAGACUUACCGUCGUACACUGAUAAUGGCAUACGAAUGCCAACAGAACGUUGUGCCUAUCUUAUGGCUGUUUCAAUGGCAAAUAGAUUGGAUGAAGUUUGGAUUUCAACUCAUCCCAUGCUGACUUGCACUUACAUGAGCCAAUACAUGCCAACAGUAUUCCGAUGGUAUGCAAAAAGAAACUUUCUCAAAAUCAUGAAAAAUAACUACUUUAAACAGUAAUACCAGCACAUUGAGAGUUGCAGCUUUUACGUAUUCCCAGGCAUCUGAUGUAGAACAAUGAAACAGUGUCAGCUAAUAUAUCAAAACAAAAGUCCUUGAUUUUUGGAGGUGAUUGUGUGGCAGAUUCACAGAAACCAGCCUGAUCAAUGAAUUGAUGUUUGGAAAAAAAUCUUGUAAAUCUGAAUGAAAGAAUCGUUCUCGUGUAUUUUUUUAAUAGGGGGAAAUAAUAAAGAUCAAACAGAACUUUU